UAUUAAGUGCACACGUAUUGUGUAAAACGUCACGACAACAAUUCGAAAUGUCUGGUGAGACCCCAAAAGAGGUAGUGAUUAACAAGUGGGAUGUCGGUUCUUUGAAAUUAGCUCUUGAUGAUGCUGCUAAAGAGUUGUUCAUGAAAAAACUUGGUCUAGUUGAAACGCACCGAUUAUUUGAUGGACGAUUAUUUCUAUGUACAAUAUCUGUUCUGAUAGCUGGUUUUGGUGUUUUAUUUGACUAUAUAUACCCGCAUCCACGAUCUCGAACAGUUCUGAUAGUUUGUAUUUCUCUUUACUUCAUAAUGUCUGCAAUAAUAACACUGUAUGUAAUGUAUGUGGAAAAGAAUGUUUUCUUCACUGGAUUAAAAGAGGAUAAAACUGGAGUUGAUCCUGCUGAUACGUGGACAGUAUGCUCUUAUAUGAAUAAAUACGAUCCUACAUACCAUUUUAGCCUAAAAGUGUGUGACGGUAUAAGCAAGAAAGUGAAAAUGUCUACAAUAGAAAAGUCUGCUGCUGAAUUUUUUAACGUAAAGGGAGAGUUACAAAGGGAUCGGUAUAAUGAAUUCCUACAACAUCUAGUAUCAGAUCUCUAUGGGGAUAAAAAGUCUCAAUAAUAAUGAUAAUAAUCUUCAGGAAUUUGAAUGGUUUGUACAUUAUUCCAAUAUAUUUUUCUCACAUAAAAGAAACAAUUGUGACAAUGGUUGGUUUUUGUUGUUUCGAUAACCUGGAAAAAUUGUUCCUGCGUAAAUUCAAUUUUUGUAUUUGUGAUAUUCAAUAGGUAAAAGAUACUUUGGUGACAAAAAUGUGUUUUUAUCCAUUGUAAACGGCAUACAAAUGCCAUAUUUGCUUUCUUCAGAUUAGUGGUUAAGUGGUGUAUCUAGGAUGCUAUUAUAAAGUGCACAUUUUUGUCUUACGGAUCACUAGUCUUGGUUGCAAUAUGGGCAAACUUUAUUUUAAUAAAAUCUCAUAGUGUUGUAUAAUAAUAUUUACUGUGUG